GUUUCCCCCCAUCAGUCAUCUACUUCCCCUCCAUGCUUAUCCUGGGGGUCUAAUCUAUUGUACUAUUAUUAUUUCUGAAGGUGUCAUUCUCAUAUUUAUUAUCUUUAUCUGAUACCUAACCUCGAGCUUUGCAGAGGCUUCGUGGUUGUCUGCUCGCCCAAUGUCCAGCUAUUCUUGAAAUUGGAGCUGCGCCUAUGACCUGUCGGCUCAACCAGCCUACUCUUAAACCACGCGAACGCAUGCGCAUAGCUGCCACUGGCUCGGAAUCCUUGUGACGUAUAGCAAUUACUCAGUAUCGGCACCGUGAGAGAGAAUAAGAGGGAGUGAGUUCUACAUUUCUCGCCGAAUCACCCCCUUCUCUCUUUUCCUUCCUGCCUUGUUCCUGUUUGGACGUGGUGUUACACCUUUGUCAAGAUGCUUUCGCAGCGGCGCAUUCGGCUUCUGGCCAUCGCCGUCGUGGUCAUAAUCAUCAUGACUUUGUACUAUUCGAGUGAAGCCCGGAGUGUUCAGAACCAACAAUUCUACCGAUCAACCGUGGCGGCGAUGGAGGCUCAAAAGCAGGCAAAGGAAGCCGGAACAGCAGCCAACAUACCGCCACAGAAGGACCAGCCCAAACAGAACCCUAUCAAGGAAGAGACGAAGCCUGCCAUUAACAACGAUAAGGAAAAACCGGCCAUCCCCAAGGCCAACAACGAUGCGGACGAAGUAGAAGAGAUCCCAAUUGCAGGCAGAACCAAGAUGACAGUACCUAAGAACCGAAAUGACCCGGAGAAAGAGACGUCGGAACAGCCGCAAGAACAGAAACCGGAGACAGAUGAUCAUGCGGCCGCCGUGGCCGAGCUGAACGGGAUAUUGAAGCGGGCACCAAUCAUUGUAUUUUCCAAGUCCUACUGUCCGUAUAGCGCCAAGGCGAAGUCUAUCCUCUUGGACAAAUACUCGAUUGUUCCUGCACCUUUUGUGGUGGAGCUUGAUAAGCAUGAGUUGGGUCGACCGCUGCAGGCGUUGCUGGGAGAAAAUACCGGGCGUCGCACUGUCCCGAACGUGUUGGUCAACGGGAAAAGCAUUGGAGGAGGGGAUGAUGUGACGGCUCUGGAUCAAAAGGACGAAUUGGCUUCAACAUUGAGAAGCUUGGGGGGUAAGUGGGUCCAGGAGGUCCAUCGUAAAGAAUGAAGCCACUAGGAAGGCAGCAAAGAGAUGAAUGCCUAGUAUGGCCGGAUUGACAGAAGCAAUGGGGUUUCUGUUUUUGAACCAGCAGGCCAGGCACUGAAACCAUGGUCUCCAUUUGGCAUCCAAAUGGGCUGGCUGGAUGGUCUCCAAGCACCACGGGUUGGUACAACAUAAUAUGAUGAGGUAUUUCCCCUAGUGGGUGAAGGGUUUUAUGUAUUCUAAGUACAUAGUAGGGGUGGGUAAACAGACGAUCUUU